AUGUCGUCCCCCUCCAAGGGGGAGAGCUGCGGAAUCUCCAUGCUCAACCUUCUGAAGACCCUGAGCCAGAGCAUCGCCCCCUCCAUGGCCGACAUGUGGGAGCUGGAGAUCCCGCAGCUGGUCAAAACACACCGAGUUUACCUGGAACCAGAAGCUGUGGGAGAACAGGCUGAUUCAGUUUCUGAGAAACUCCCUCAAGAUGCCUCGGGGUUCCCGCUGGAGCCUGCGUCUGAGCAAAGAGCUGAACAACCAGAUCGAGAGCUUCAACAGCCCCUCCCUGGAGAAGGAUUGUGUUUCUAUUAUGCUGCGACUUGCUGUACCGUGAGACCGCCACUCUUCUGUUUCCUGCUGAGCUCAAGGCCAGAAGCUAAUGCACAAAAAUCCACGGGAAAGACGCUCAUAAACAAAAUAUACAGCGCACACCUGGCUUCGUGCAGGACACGCUGA